AUGAGAAACAUUAGAUGUAAAGAUGUUUAUGUCAUGAAGGAUGAAAAUAACGUUAAAUUCACUGCUCAAGAUUUAUAUGAGAAGAAAGCAGACAAAACAGAGCUUCAAACAUUAAAGACAGAAAUACUUCAAACAUUAUAUCCUAUAGGCUCUAUUUAUACGUCAAUGAACUCUACCAGACCAGAAGUAGUUCUGGGUUUUGGAACUUGGACUCAAAUAGUCGACAGGUUUUUGUAUUGUGCAAACUCUUCAAAGGAAACAGGUGGAAGUAAAACGAUUUCAGGUGAAAACUUACCUGCGCACAGUCACUACAUAGAUUUAAGUACAUCUCAAGCAGGUUGGCAUAGUCAUAGAUAUUGGAAUUGGUCAGCAAUGACAAAAGGUAAAGGAUAUGAUGUUAAAGACAACGUUCAGUUUGCUAUAAAUUGUUACUGGAGUAACACUGAGGGAGGAGGAAACCAUACACAUCGCGUUUCAGGGUAUACGCAAACAACCGGACAAAGUAAAGACUACAUGCCACCUUACAUGACAGUUUACGCAUGGUAUAGAAAUGCUUAG